AUGGAAGUUCCAAUAAUUGGACGACUCACAAUUUCCGAUUAUCAAGCAUUGAUUAUUGGAUUGAUGUUUUUAUUCUUUGAGGGUUUAUUACGAUUUGUUACUUUUUGUUUGCCAGAUGAACGUACUCAACCUAUUAAACAUCUUCAACAUGCCGAAAAUUUUAGAGAAUUAGUUAAUUUUUGGGAUUACCCAGUAGAAGAACAUAUAGUAAAAACUCGAGAUAAUUACAUAUUAGGAAUUCAACGUAUUCCUCGUGGAAAAAUGAUUCCAGAUAACGAUGAUGACGACAAAGAAAAUAAUCAUUUAUCUACCAAACCUGUUCAUAGAGUUCGUCAUGAUAGCGAAAAUAAUAGUUUGAACAAUAAGAAUCGUUCUGAAGAAGAUUAUGAUUGGCGAUAUGCUCAUAAUUCAGAAUCCAUCGAAUUUGUAUUUAGAAGAUGUGGAAUUUCUUUAUCGACAAUUAGACAUCCUUUUGAAAAUGAGAUAUUUCCUAAUAUCAAUGAUAGUCUUGGUUCAUCAUCUUUAUUAAGAAGUUCAUCUAUAAAUUCAAGAUCAACCACACGACGAAAUACAGAAUAUAUUAAACCUGUAGUAUUAUUGUAUCAUGGAUUGAUGACAAACAGUGAGAUUUGGGUUUGUAAUUAUGAAUAUGAAAAUAGAUUGGCUUACUUAUUAGCGGAUGCUGGAUAUGAUGUCUGGUUUGGAAAUUCUCGAGGAAAUAAAUACUCAAUGAAACAUACUAAAUAUGAUCCUAGCGAAAAAAAGUUUUGGGAAUAUUCAAUGGAUGAUUUAGCAAUUUAUGAUGUUCCUAGUACUAUUGAGUAUAUAUUAGAGACAACAGGAGCUCCAUCACUUACUUAUAUUGGUUUUUCUCAAGGAACUGCACAAUGUUUUGCUGCUUUAUCAAUUAAUCCAAAAAUUAAUAAAAAGAUAAAUUUAUUUAUCGCAUUGGCACCUGCAACAAGUCCAAGGGGUUUAAGCAAUUCAAUGUUUAAUGCCUUAAUAAAAUCUUCACCCAAUGUGUUUUAUCUAUUCUUUGGUAAAAAAGAAAUGCUUUCCAUGACAUUAUUCUGGCAGAAAGUUCUCUCGCCACCAAUAUUUACAAAAAUAAUAGAUUUCGCAUUGAAAUUUUUAUUUGGUUGGACUUGUGAAAAUAUUUCUGAAACACAAAAAGCAAUUGGAUAUUAUCAUUUGUAUAGUUGUACUAGCGUUAAAUGUAUUGUGCAUUGGUUUCAAAUAAUUAAAUCUAGAACAUUUCAAAUGUAUGAUGAAUUACCACCAUUUUCACUUACAGCAGCAUUAGGUCAUUCAUGUCAACGAUUUCCUACUCAACAAAUUACUACCCCAAUAGCAGUAUUUUAUGGAGGAAAAGAUAGUUUAGGUGAUAUGUCAAUGUUAUUAAAACAAAUUCCUACACCUGUGUUGGUUAGAGAAAUUGUUGACUACGAACAUUUAGAUUUUAUUUGGGCUUCGAACGUAGGAAUUCAAGUAUAUCCUGAAUUAUUUGAUUUAUUACGUCAAUAUAAUGUUUAUCAUGAUCAUUAUUUUGGUGAUGUAUUAAGUGUGGGAGGAAGUGAUAAUAAUGUUAAUGAAAUAGAAGAACGUGAAGAUCAAAGUAUUAAUGAUACGAGCAGUGAUGAAAUUCAACAAAUACAACCUCAACCAUUAGAAGAUAGUGAAAUAUAUGAAAUUGAUAGAAGUCAAUAUUUAGUUGACGGAAGUCAAUAUUUAGUUGAUAGAAGUCAAUAUUUAGUUCAUGAAGAAGAUGAUGUUGAAUGA